AUCAGUUUACUCCUGAGUUUGAUAGAAUCAAAAAUGAAAUUCUUAGUUCUUGCAUUGUGCGUUGUAACCGUCAUGGCUGAUCCACAUUGGAUUACAUUGGAUGCUCAUGAAGUUGAGCAAGUCAAAGCCACUUGGAAGGCUGUCAGUCACGACGAAGUUGAAAUUCUUGCUGCUGUCUUUAAAGCACAUCCAGAUAUUCAAGCUCGUUUCCCACAUUUUGCUAGAAAGGAUCUCGACUCAAUAAAAGACUCAAGUGACUUCGCAGUUCACGCAGGUAGAAUCGUCGGAUUCUUCGGAGAAUACGUUGCACUUCUAGGAAGUGAAGCAAACCAACCUGCCAUCAAGACACUCUUACAUGAUUUAGGAACCAGCCAUAAAGCUCGUGGUAUUGUCGCAUCUCAAUUCAACGAAUUCCGUGAUUCAAUGACUGCCUACCUGAAGUCACACUCAAGCUGGAAUGCUGAUAUUUCACAUAGCUGGGAUGAUGCUUUCGACAAGGCAUUCUCAGUCAUUUUUGAGUCUUUGUAAAUGAUUUGUUGAUACCUGAAAGCUUACGCUUUAGCAAUAAAUGUGAAAUAAUAUUUGUAAAAAUGCAA